AUGCCGUCCUUAGAUGAACCCCCUACGAAUGGGCAUUCCUGGGAACCCGCAAGUUUCGACGUAGAGUUUGUAUUGAAGCGGCUCACUCUAGAUGAGAAGAUCUCCCUCCUAGCAGGCGAGGACUUCUGGCACACAGUGCCCGUCCCCCGCCUGGGAAUCCCUUCGAUCCGUCUGUCAGACGGUCCUAAUGGAAUCCGUGGCACCCGCUUCUUCGGCAGUGUACCUUCGGCAUGCCUACCAUGCGGCACCGCCAUCGGCGCAACCUUCGACCAAGAAUUGGCUCGCGACAUUGGGCACCUCCUCGCUGACGAGGCGCGGGCCAAAGGCGCGCACGUGGUGCUGGGCCCGACCAUCAACAUUCAGCGCGCGCCGCUGGGAGGCCGGGGAUUUGAGUCCUUCUCGGAAGAUCCCCUGCUUUCUGGUAUCAUUGCCGGAAAUUAUUGCAAGGGUCUUCAGGAGAAAGGAAUAACGGCGACGCUGAAGCACUUCGUCUGCAACGAUAUGGAGCACGAACGUAUGGCAGUCAAUUCGAUCGUGACUGACCGGGCCUUGCGGGAGAUUUACCUGCUCCCGUUCAUGAUUGCGAUUCGAGAGGGUCGGCCCGGGGGUAUCAUGACUGCGUAUAACAAAGUCAAUGACCUCCAUGCGUCUGAGCACCCAGAACUCUUACAGUCCAUCCUGCGAGAGGAGUGGGGCUGGGAUGGACUCGUUAUGAGUGACUGGUUCGGCACAUACAGCACUUCCGAAGCCAUCAAUGCGGGGCUGGAUCUGGAAAUGCCGGGCCCAUCCAGAUGGCGCGGUUCCGCCCUGACGCAUGCCGUCACAGCAAACAAAGUGCCGCUGCGAAAAUUAGAUGAACGCGUCCGUGCCGUUUUGAAAGUAGUCAAGACAGCGAUCAGUUCUGGAAUCCCACAGAACGCACCAGAGACGUUGCUUAACAGGGAACAGGACCGGCGGCUACUGCGAAAAGCCGGGGCCGAGUCCAUUGUGCUUUUGAAAAAUGACGAUAGCAACUUGCCAUUCAAGAAGACCAGCAAGAUUGCCGUCAUCGGUCCGAACUCGAACAUCGCCACGUACUGCGGCGGUGGCUCCGCAUCUUUGAAUGCGUAUGAAGCGAUCACACCCCUGGAUGGAAUCACCGCCCAAGCCGCUGGUGAAGUCAUCUGGACUCAGGGUAUCUACGGCCAUCAGAAGCUGCCCCUGAUAGGUAACAAGCUCCGUACUCAAGACGGCCGCACCGGAUUUAGUCUCAAGAUAUACAACGACCCACCCGCAUCUGAAUCCAGGCGGCUUCUGGAAGAGCGACACGAAACGGAUUCGAUGGUUUUCUUUCUCGAUUACAAGCACCCAGAACUAGAGACAAUAUGGUACGCGGAUGCCAAGGGAACCUUCAUACCGGAAGAAUCUGGCGUGUAUGACUUCGGUCUCUGUCUCCAGGGAACGGGUAGGCUGUAUAUCGACGGGCAACUUCUUGUCAGCAAUUUCGAGAACCAAAGGCCUGGGCCGAGUUUCCUAGGUGCGGGAACCAUGGAGGAAACAGGUUCGCAAGAACUCGUUGCUGGACAGGAGUACGAAAUUCUUGUGCAGUGGGGAUGCGCUAAGACGAGUAAGCUCAAAGCUCCAGGCACCGUCGACUUUGGUCAUGGUGGGUUCCGGGUCAGCGGUUGCAAGCGCCUGGACCUGAAAGAAGGCAUUGAGGACGCCGUCAAGGUAGCGCGCGAUGUUGACCAAGUUGUGCUCUUCGCUGGUUUGAGUGGCGAGUGGGAGUCGGAAGGAGAAGACCGCGAAACGAUGGUUCUGCCACCACACACAGACGAACUUAUUGCACGGGUGUUGGAAGCAAACCCAAAUACCGUUGUGGUAAUCCAGAGCGGAACGCCUGUUUCAAUGCCCUGGAUCACCCAGGCCAAGGCCGUUCUGCACGCAUGGUACGGAGGGAACGAAACCGGCAACGCAAUCGCCGAUGUCAUCUUCGGAGAUGUGAACCCAUCAGGGAAACUGCCUCUCACGUUCCCUCGUCGUCUGAAAGAUAACCCGGCGCAUCUCAAUUAUCGUUCUGAAGGAGGUCGCUGCCUCUACGGCGAGGAUGUAUACGUUGGAUAUCGAUACUACGAUGAGGCCGAAAUUGAGCCUCUAUUCCCAUUCGGGCAUGGCCUGUCGUACACGACAUUCUCCAUCUCAAACGUCCGACUCACCACCAGGUCCAGCAACUCCGAGAUCAGCUGCACUGUAGAUGUGACAAACACCGGCGCGCGAGGUGGAGCGGUUGCCCUGCAGCUCUACAUAUCUCCCCGCGCAAAGCCAAAUCCCACCAUACCGAAGCGACCGCUACAGGAGCUCAAGGCUUUCAACAAAGUCCGAGAUUUAGCUGUUGGCGAGUCAAGGACGGUUUCAAUAACUUUUAACUCGGUCAGAGACACGAGUUAUUGGGAUGAAACCGCCGGGAUGUGGUGCAGUCGUGCCGGCGAGUACAGCGCUCGGGUUGCACUCAGCAGUCGAGAUGAUAAGGCAGUAGAAGCUGUAUUCCAGGUGAGCGAGACAAGGUGGUGGGGUGGUCUGGCACCUUGA